GCAAAUAUAAUUUGCGAAUAAUAUUAACUUUGGUUACGUUUGUCACACAAUACAUAAUACCUCUUUCAUGUGCGGGUAUUAUAUACACGAGAAUCGCAUUUACAAUACUAUCUCAAGGAAGGGUAGGUGAGGCCACGGAGGACAGGGCCAGACAGAUAACCAGUAAAAAGAGACGGAGGAUAGCUAUGCUUAUACUCGUGGUCACCAUUUUCGCACUCUGUUGGCUCCCAUUCAAUGUCUAUUAUCUAUUGUUAGACUUCGGGAUCACAAAGAAAGCCAAUUUUCUUAUAUUUCUGUUAUGCCAUUGGCUCGCAAUGUCUUCAGUCUGUUAUAAUCCAUUCGUCUAUUGCUGGCUAAACGAAAAUUUCCGAAAAGAGGCCAAAAAAUUCUUUCGAUGUAUUAUUGAGAUCCGUAACAGACCUGAAGUACUCUAAUC